CUGUUUUGGGUCACGUGCAGAGAGGCGGCUCUCCCAGCGCUUUCGAUCGCAUAUUAGGUUGUCGUAUGGGCGCCGAAGCCGUGCUCGCGCUCUUAGAGGCCACACCCGAGUCCGAGGCCUGUGUUGUGUCAUUGGAUGGCAAUCAAGCUGUUAGAGUGCCUCUAAUGCAAUGCGUCGAAAAAACCAAAUCGGUGGCGGCGGCCAUGAAAGAGACCAAAUGGGAACAGGCGGUCAAACUGAGGGGCCGUAGCUUUGAGCGCAAUUUGGAGACAUACAAGAUGUUGACUCGAAUCAGACCACCGAAAUCGGUGAGCGAUGAACACAGUUCUGGUGGUUAUAGGCUGGCGGUGAUGCACGCGGGCGCCCCCUGUUGUGGUAUGAAUGCCGCCGUUCGCUCGUUUGUCCGCAAUGUCAUCUUCAGGGGCGACACUGUUCUCGGCAUUCACGAGGGUAUCGACGGC